GACACUCGCUGCGAGCGUACGCGCUACGCGUUUUCUUGAAUAAACAUCGUAAAGAUAGCUCCGGUUUUUCAACGUAUAAAGACCCGUGGAUCUUACAGUAUUGUUUUUAUGUUAUAAUAUCAACAAUCUUAUAGUGAAUUAGUGUUGUACUAAAUGGAAUUGUUGUAAGUGUUAGUGUUUUCUGUGUCUGUUUGAAUUUUUUUUUCGAUAAAAAAAUGCAGGCAAGUGUUAGUGUGAGUGCCAAAAGUGUAGUGCCAAUGUAAAACCAUGGGGUGUACACCGAGUAUGCUCCUGGACCACAAAAGUCGUCGCCGCGACAGUACCGGAUCUCAAGAAGCUGCUCUAGCGAAAGUAGCUCCUACACCAGUAUGCAACAAAGCUGUCCAAGCUGCCAGGGCUCCGAGAGCUUCAUUAGAGUCGGAUGGUUUCAGCAUACAAUUAUCGAGUAAGAAAGACAGCUAUGUCUCUCAAAUGGGAAACAAUUUUGCAACACAACUCCAUAUCAAACGGAUAUCAGGCAGUUCCAGCGGGUCUCCAGGCGCUCGCACUGGACGCCGCUCCUCUCUCGCCCUUACGCCGGAAGAUGAACCCCUAGUCGAUGUCGCCAACAGGUCGCCGCCGGCUGCGCACGUCCCGUCUUCGCUGCUCUACACGCCGCCGGAACCGCUAGAGUUACUAUGCGUGUUUCCGGAACGUGCGUCUCGCGCGUGCGCAUCGGCUUGCGUCGCGGCCUCUCGCUCGGGCGGCGAGGCGCGCGUCGUACGUGGGCCCAAAGAAGCGUUGGACGCGUUAAGACGCGACGCGGAAACCAAAGUGCCACAUGUUAUUAUCAUCGAUGCACGACAACCGCAGGCACUGGAUGCUAUUCUAUUGGCUAGAGCAAUAAGAGGAACGAAGAACACUCAACACAUCAUUCUUAUAGCUGUUGUUAAGAAAAGUGUAUAUUUGAAAGAUGACUUCGCGGUUUUACCCUAUCUCGAAGCUGGCUACAACAGGGUGAUGGUAGAAACGGUGGGCUCGACAGCAUGGUGCGCAGAGAUAUUGCAGGCGCGUGCAGCUGGUGCGACCGCACGGACGCAGAUCGCUGCGGUCGCAGCGCUUGCUGCAGCUAUUGACCGUUGCCGGGAUCUCGUGGCCGUCACUGACGACCAACAGAGGAUACUACUCUCAAACAAAUCCUGGUGCCGUGUUCUGGGCUGGCGAAACGAAGAAGGUCCAAGGGCGUUGACUGAGGCUGCAGGUGGCGAGGCUUUGAGACUCGCAGCCAGCGGGGCAAGGGACUGGGAAGCGCCAGUCACUCUUCGACGUAGGGCCACCCAAGAUCCCAUAUUUUUGCCGUGUCGAGGAGCCGCUGUUGCCUUGACCAAGAGUACAUCUCACAUUGUCUUCGUGUGCGAGCCAGGAAACUUAGUGGACACAGAGCGCGGCCGAGGCUCGCUUCACUCCAUCAGGCGAGGAUCACUGGACGUGCGUUCAAUUGCUUCAGAUGGACUUCGUAGGACAUCACUAGCGAAGUUACAGGGACUGCCGCUCGAAGCACCUAUUACAAAGGUCAUUUCACUCCUCUCAGCGGCUGCAGAGGGCGCUCCUCCGUCAACAGUAGCUUGCAUAGAACGAGCAGUCGACAUGCUACGGACUUCAGAGUUAUACUCCCCACAAAUGAGAGACGAAACCAAGCUCAGGGUCGAAGACCCCAUUGCUACUGAUCUUAUUGGUGCCCUGCUGCAGCAAGGACCAACAAAUUUGCUAUCAUCGCGGCGAAGCAGCAACGAUUCUACUGUAGUUCGAGCGCAGAAUAAUAGAACAAAUAUAAAACAUAAGACAACAAGUCAACUUUGCGAGCUCCUAGAUACGGCUCUCAACUGGGACUUCGAAAUUUUCCGGCUGGAGGUAAUCACCAAUGGCAAACCACUGUUUCACCUUGGGUGGACCAUCAUGGGGAGACGCUUUGAUGUCUGCCCAACGUUGGAAUGCGAAGAACGUGUCUUGCUAAACUGGUUGACCACAAUUGAGACGAACUAUCGCGCUGACAAUCGUUAUCAUAAUUCCACUCAUGCAGCUGAUGUGCUACAGGCUGUAGCAUAUUUCCUCGAAAAAGACCGUCUGAAGAGUCUCCUGGAGCCAUUGGAAGCUGCAGCCGCGUUAAUAGCAGCCGCUGCUCACGACAUAAACCAUCCUGGGAAGUCUUCAGCGUUCCUGUGCAACUCUAGAGAUCCGCUUGCAAUAUUAUACAAUGAUAUCUGUGUUCUGGAGUCGCAUCAUGCUGCUUUGACAUUUCACCUCACUCUCAAUGACGAUCGUUGCAACAUAUUCAAGAACCUCGACCGCGACACGUAUAAGACUGUGAGGCAUAACGUUAUCGAUAUGAUUCUCGCUACGGAAAUGACCAAGCACUUUGAGCAUCUUGCUAAAUUCGUCAAUGUCUUUUAUGCCAAAACUUCAGGCAGUAAAGAAGAUGGAAUGCACACUGAUGAACCUCUAUCCCUGGACACGACAGCUUUGAACCUACCAGAGAAUGUAAUUCUAGUGAAGCGAAUGAUGAUCAAAUGCGCUGACGUUUCUAACGCUUCCAGACCGCAAAAGUUUGCUUUCGAAUGGGCUAGGAGGAUCGCCGACGAGUAUUUCCUUCAAACAGACGAGGAGAAAGCCAAGGACUUGCCGGUGGUAAUGCCGAUGUUUGAUCGCGCAACGUGCUCGAUUCCCCGCUCGCAAAUCGGUUUUAUUGACUACAUCAUCAUUGACAUGAUGGAGGCUUGGGCUGCAUUCAUCGACAUGCCAGAGCUAGUAAAUCACGCACGAAACAACCACGCGCGCUGGCGGGAACUCGACGACGCUGGUGUCACUACCAUCGCCGACGUGAAUAGAGUGCAGCGCCAGCAGAACUCUAUACAAGCCCCGCCAAGUAAGACCGAGCAGAGCACGAAAGAAGAGUGAACCCGCAACAAAUAACAGAAUUUUAAAGUAUUCAUGCGUGAACUGAAUCGCAACAGGGACUAUGAAUGUGUGGAGAUAUUUGUAAGAAAAGACAGGAAUCUUUUCGUCUUCUUAUUAGCUUGGAUGACAAAUAUUUUUUGGAUGACAAGUAUUGGGUUUAGCAACUAAAAGAUGAAUUAGGUAGGUGGUCCGCUUAAAGUACAUAGGGGAACUCUUUAGCGCCAAUAUUUAGAACAGAUAAUGCAACUAAGAGCGGUUACACACGAAACGUUUAGCAGCGCGUCUGCAGCAAUUCUGUCGCGAUGCAGUAGCGAUGCAAUCGCGGUGCAAA